CUUCUCUCUUGUUUUAGUCGCUUUGGGAGAAAACAGGCCUGUGAAGAAGCUGCUGCCACUGUGAGGGUCCCAGGAUUGGCUUCUUUGGCUACGACGACACUCUCCUGAUACUUGACCAACAUGAAUUUCAGCAAAUGCCUCUAUAAUAUUGGAGAGCAGCUGGACAGUGAUGAGCUGGCCUCCCUCAAAUUCCUUAGCAUGGACUACAUCCCACAGAAAAAGCAGGAACCCAUCAAGGAUCCCUUGAUGUUAUUCCAGAGACUCCAGGAAAAGAGAAUGUUGGAGGAAAGCAACCUGUCCUUCUUGAAGGAGCUGCUUUUCCGAAUUAAUAGACUGGAUCUGCUGGUCACCUACCUGGACACCAGCAAAGAGGAGAUGGAGCAGGAACUUCAGAUACCAGGCAGAGCCCAGAUCUCUGCCUACAGGGUCAUGCUUUUUCAGAUUUCAGAAGAUGUAAGCAAAUUGGAAUUGAGGUCCUUUAAGUUUCUUUUGAGCCAGGAGAUCUCCAGAUGUAAACUGCAUGAUGAUUUGAACUUGCUUGAUAUUUUCAUAGAGAUGGAGAAGAGGGUCAUCCUCGGGGAAAGAAAUUUGGACACCCUGAAAAGAAUCUGUGACCAAAUUAACAAGAGCCUGCUGAAGAAAAUCACGGAUUAUGAAGAAUUAAGCGGAGAGCAAACAAUGAGCCCUCAAAGAAGUCUAGAUGAAGUUUCAAAUGAUAUGUCUCAGUUGCUUGUAGGGGAGGAAUCCCUGAGGGUACUGCCAAUGUCGGACUCUCCAGGAGAACAGGACUAUGAAUCAGAGGCAUCAGAGAAAGUUUACCGAAUGGAAAGCAAACCUCGAGGAUAUUGUGUGAUCUUUAACAAUUAUGACUUUAGCAUAGCACGGAAGGAAGUACCCAAACUUCAGAACAUUAAGGAUAGGAAUGGAACAGACUUGGAUGCAGAUGCUUUGUGUCAGACCUUUAGUGAGCUUCAUUUUGAGAUCGUGCCUUUCAGAGACUCUACAGCCAUGAAAAUCUGUGAGGUUCUGAAAUCCUACCAAAGCAUGGACCACACUAGCAGGGAUUGCUUUAUCUGCUGUGUCCUCUCCCAUGGAGACAAGGGCAUCAUCUAUGGCUCUGAUGGGCGGGAAGUCCCCAUCUAUGAGCUGACCUCUUACUUCACUGGCUCAAAGUGCCCUUCCCUUGCAGGCAAGCCCAAAAUCUUUUUUAUUCAGGCUUGUCAAGGGGAUAACUACCAGAAAGGUAUAGCUGUUGAGACUGACUCCGAACAGAAGGAAGCCUAUUUAGAAAUGGACUCGUCACGGCAGAAGAGAUAUAUCCCAGAAGAUGCUGACUUUCUGCUGGGGAUGGCCACUGUGAACAAUUGUGUUUCCUACCGAAACCCCAUGGAGGGGACCUGGUAUAUCCAGUCACUUUGCCAGAGCCUAAGAGAAAGAUGUCCUAGGGGUGAAGAUAUUCUCACCAUCCUUACCGAGGUGAACUUUGAAGUGAGCAAUAAGGAUGACAGAAAAAACAUGGGGAAGCAAAUGCCACAACCUACUUUCACACUGAGGAAAAAACUCUUCUUUCCUCCUAAUUGAUGCUACUGUUUAGCUGUAUAACACUAUGCUUAAUUUAUUUGU